AUGCCCAAUUUGUGGCCGCUUGUCGCCACCGCCGACAAGAAUGUCGAACUCGGCGAACGAUCGCCAUCGAGAUCGCGAUCGACGAGGCGUUGCGUGCUGAUGCUGUGGAAACACUUGAGUUUCGGCGUACGCGAUUCUGCUCCACAAUUCCCCGCGAAUUUUGCGAUUCAGCUCGUCGCCGCUCAAAUCAUCAAGCUCGUCGUUCUUUGCGUCAGCGUCUACAUGAUCUACCUCAACUCGUACGGCACCAAAAUCACGCGAAAUCUCUUCGAGGAGGCGGAGUUUCCCGUCGAUGUCAACAAUGAGACGUGCGUUCAUUUGCAGCAAAUCCAAAUCGCCAAGAGCCACUUUGAAAAGUACAUGGAUGAUAUGGCGUUCAGCAUCGCCAUGAUGGGCGCCACCAUUGCGCUCACCACGUUCAACAUCUUCUCGGCGCAGAAGGCCGACUUCGACCCAAAUAUUAUGACCGUCAUCGACAUCCUCCUUCUCAUCUUCUUGCACGCCAAUAUUGGGCGACCGUGUUCGCCACGAUUGCACCAAAGCAUUCGGUCGGGCUUGGCGGCGGCCAACUACCUCAUACCCACCGACAACUUCGCCAACGCGCUCCACUGCAUUAUGGUGGAGAAUUCGAAUAGCGAGGUCCCUCAAUGCGCCGAUGUUCUCAUCAGAUCGCUUCUUCCCGACUACGUUCGUCAAGCAAUCGCCCUUCUCAUGAUUCUCUCGAUCAUCGUGAUUCUGAAUGCUCAUUGUCAUGAUGUGUAUGAGAAGAAGGUCGAGCAGAAGGUGGCGAAGAAGCAGCAGCAGCGACGACAGCAUGUGCCGAAACCGCGACCAAUCGCGCAUCGCGUCAAGAAGGUUCGUGCUCAGGGAGCCGGACCAGCGGCUCGUCGCUAA